AUGUCACCACAUUUCCAAACAAACCCAACCCCAAUCUUACCACCUUUCCACCCAACAAACCCAACCCCAAUCUUACCACCUUUCCACUCAACAAACCCAACCCCCAUCUUACCACCUUUCCACCCAACAAACCAAAAAGCCCAUCUUACCACCAAACAAACCCAACCCCCAUCUUAUCACCUUUCUACCCAACAAACCCAACCCCCAUCCUACCACCUUUCCACCAAACCAACCAAAUACCCCCAUCCUACCACCUUUCCACCAAACAAAGCCAACCCCCAUCUUAUCACCUUUCCACCCAACAAACCCAACCCCCAUCCUACCACCUUUCCACCAAACAAACCAAAAACCCCCAUCCUACCACCUUUCCACCAAACAAACCAAACCCCCAUCCUACCACCUAUCCACCAAACAAACCCAACCCCCAUCCUACCACCUUUCCACCAAACAAACCAAAAACCCCCAUCCUACCACCUUUUCACCAAACAAACCAAAAACCCCCAUCCUACCACCUUUCCACCAAACAAACCAAACCCCCAUCCUACCACCUUUCCACCAAACAAACCAAAUACCCCCAUCCUACCACCUUUCCACCAAACAAAGCCAACCCCCAUCUUAUCACCUUUCCACCCAACAAACCCAACCCCCAUCCUACCACCUUUCCACCAAACAAACCAAAAACCCCCAUCCUACCACCUUUCCACCAAACAAACCAAACCCCCAUCCUACCACCUUUCCACCAAACAAACCCAACCCCCAUCCUACCACCUUUCCACCAAACAAACCAAAAACCCCCAUCCUACCACCUUUUCACCAAACAAACCAAAAACCCCCAUCCUACCACCUUUCCACCAAACAAACCAAACCCCCAUCCUACCACCUUUCCACUCCAAACCCCAUCAAGUGUUUGUGGUAGAACAUUGGCAAUAA